GAUUUGAGAUAUCUGAAUCCUUCACCAGAAGGAAUCAGAAAUCUUUUUGUUGGUGUCGAGUUCUAACCUCAAAGGCAAAGUCCUGAAAUCACAGGAGAGAGAGGGAGCGAUUAAAGAUAAAGGUAGAGAGUGUUCUCUGUUUGUAUUCCUACUUAAAUCAAAUAUUGAUAUAAAACAAGUCGGAAGGAGAGAAAAAGUAAGAAUGUAAGAGUCGAAUGAAAUGAAGGAUAGUACCCCUAACACUUUUCUUUAACAAAAGCAUAUAAUAUAUAUGCCAAUCUUUUCAGUCUUAUGACUAACGAUGGCAUCUUUGACAAAUGGUCUUGAAAACUGAAGAAGAAUUGCUCGAAUUUUUGAGCAGGCCAACAUCAAUAAUGCUUGGUUAGCCUGUUAAAAUUGACCCUGAAGUUAACUGAUCCCCUACAUAAAUCUAGCAAGCCUUGCCACUUUGUCCGACAUAUUUCCUGGUGAAUUCAUCAUCUUCAGCUCCUGUUUUGACCAGAAGUAUACCGUUUCUCAAAGUUUAAAGAAUCAAUUAAAGUGGCAUUGAAAAGAAAAUGUGGGAAUCAGCAAUAAAUAGUAAUCUGAGACUUGUUAUCAGCAAAUUAAGCUCCAGUAUUUCACUGUGAGGCGUUCGUUAUCUCAUUUUUCAGAUUCAGCUAAUCCAGAAUAGCAGAGCAAGAAUUCAGUCAUCCUAUGUCAGAUUUGCAAGCCAUUUCUCUUCUUUUAUUGAAUACACAAGCACGUCUCUGCCCUUUGUCUUUUAUCAUGCAUUCAUGCCCCCAUUUCCCAUGUCCUACACUAGCCUCCUUUUACAGUUCUAGUGGACAACGUGUCUUCUACUAACAGAAUCAUGGCAGGAAAAGCUAAAGAUCUUAACAAAACCCCACUUUCCUUCUAGUCCGCCCGCCAGAAAAAGAAAAAAAAGCAUUAUGUUUAAAUAUGAAAUAAGAAACUAUGCCAAAUGUGCCUUUUAAUCGUAUGCUGGAGAGUGAUGCAUGGUAAAAUAAUUUAAGUGAAUGGCAGGUGGAACUUGGUAGAUUCAAAAUCAUCAAUUGGUAGGGGAAAAGUGGAGCUACCCUAGCAAAUAAAGUAGCCAAUAAACCUUCACAUCCCCAUGGCUUUUCAAAAAGUAAUCUUCCCAUAACAAAAAAAGAAAAAGAAAGCAACAUGUGGAGGAAAAAACUUUCCGAAAUUUACCUCCUUUUCCCCAACAAUAUAAACCAGUGAGUGUAAUGCUUUAGGGUCAGUCAGAUGGAAAUAAACCACAUCACAUGUUCUUUUCAAUUUUCCUCUGAACUAUUUCCCAAUUUCUCCUGGUUAAGUCUCUAACCAGAUGAUGGAGUGAGCUCUUUUAUAGAAAUACUACCCUCAACUCCCAUUAACCCCUCUUGUACAAAUAGAAAAUGGAUCCUAUCGUGAUGCAAAAGUUUCAAGCCAUCAAGAAAUUCAAGAAGUCUAAGAAGCAGCAGCUUCUGGACAAAUUUUUUCUCUAUACAUUCAUAGCAUUUACUUGUAGCAUGUUCUGUUCCAGCCCUUUUUGGCUUCCCUACUUGUUUUCCUCAAUGAAGGGUUUUCUCUUCAUCUCUCUCCCAAAAAUGGGUUCUAUCUCACACUGCCCCAAACUGUUGUUCCUUGUAGGCAACCUAAUUAUUGCUGUUCUCAUUGGAGAAUCCAAGUAUUUUGCUUCAGGCCCUUCUCUUUCCGGGGAUGCAUACUAUGAUGAGUUCGUUGAUCGAAGUAAAUGCCCUCGAAAUUCUUCUACCCUGGAAGUGAAGAAAGAGAAGAAAAUGAAACCUUGCCUGGUAUCAGUAACAGGAAGACUAGUUGAGGAAACUAGAGAAGUAACGAAGCAAAAAAAUGAUUCAGUGGGAGAACAUGAGCUUAUUUUGCCUACUAAGGAAUUGAAGAAAAGGGCUGAUGAUUUCAUUGCAAGGGUCAACAGGCAAAGGAGGAUCGAAGCUGAAUUACUUCUUGAAGGCAAUUAUGCAAAUAAUUAUAUGGGGUUACAGGCCAAGGUCUCCACGCCAGGAAGGACAUAGCAAGAAGAUCUUGAACCUCUCUGAAGCAAAGACAGAUUAAAAUUAGCAAUCCAAACCUGGUCCUGUUAAAUCGAUCACUGUAGUUGAAUGUUUGAAAACUUUAUCCAUGUAUGCCAGAUUUACAUUUUAGAUUGAGAUGAUCAAUAAACUUAUCCCGAAAAGGAUAAACCAUUUUUAGUGGUUGGUUGAUCAGUUUCUUGCAAUAUUAUAUAUCACAGAUCUUUCAGAUUUUGAAUUCUGAAUAAUUUUAUUUGGGUCUUGCAAUUAGGAUCAGUUGAUAAGAUUGAAUAACAAGAAUGUAUCCUAAUAUAUCGU